CCUGAUCAGUGAUGAGUUCAGUACGAGGGCUCACCGUGGCACUAAAUACGCAUGCAAGAUUCAAGUUCAAGGCCCCUGAAUUUUCUGUGGAUCACCUAGUAGUAGGGGGAGGCGUCGUGGGCUUAGCAAUAGCGCGCCAUCUCUGCCGCAGCUUUCCUUCGAAGUCAACUUACCUCGUAGAGAGGCAUGGCCAUCCAGGCGAAGAAACCAGUUCUCGAAACUCGGAAGUGAUUCAUUCUGGUCUCUACUAUCCCCCCGACUCCCUCAAGACGCGCUUUUGUCUGCGCGGCAGACAGCUACUCUACAAGCACUGCAACUCUCACAGCAUACCUCAUCGCAAGACUGGAAAGAUAGUCGUUGCCUACGACGAUCAACGACCCUACAUUGAAAGCCUUCAUGCCAAAGCUCGGAACCUCAAGCGACCUCCGUAUUUCGAUGAACAUGAACCUGUCCUGCCCACCGAACUCAUCAGCGGUGAUGCAGCGCGUGCUAUGGAACCCAAUCUAUCUCCUGACAUAGCGGCCGUGCUCUGGUGUCCCGAGACUGGAAUAAUAGACUCUCACACCCUCAUGGAGAGCUUCGAGUCGGAUAUCACAGAUGCCGUCUAUUCCACCCAAGUCCUUCGUGUCGACCCAGCAAAAAAUGGCUGGGUCGUACAGACGCUAACUGGUGAUGCCCAAGAACCCGAUGCCAUUCUGGCACAUACCCUUGUCAACGCAGCAGGCCUGUCGGCUCCAUUUAUCCUCAACUCCAUACUCCCUCCCCAACAGCAUAUAUCAAUGUACUUUGCACGAGGGUCAUACGCGUCGUAUAAUGGCCCUGGCAUCGCUGGGAUUUCUCACCUAAUCUAUCCAUGUCCAGAAACAGGCCCCAACGCACAUGCCUUCCACUCCUUAGGCACUCAUCUUACUAUAGAUUUACAAGGAAAAGUACGCUUUGGACCAGACCUUGAAUGGCUUUCUCCUGGAUCUGAGGAAAAAGUUGAUUUUUGGAGACUACAUCUCAUCCCAGAUAGCUCAAGGCUGCCAGAGAUGCAUAGCGCCGUCACUAGCUACCUACCGGCGGUAUCUCUCGAGGGAAUGCAAACAGACUACGUUGGAAUCAGGCCUAAAAUAGCCCCGCCGAACAGCGGUUUUCAGGACUUUGUGAUCAGGUCAGAUGGGAGUGUGAAAAACCCUAUGAUUAGUCUUCUGGGUAUUGAAAGCCCCGGAUUGACCAGCUGCAUGGCAUUGGCAGAAUACGUGGUAGAAGAUUUGCUCAAAAAGUGAAAUGUAAAUUGU